UAUAAAUCUGGAAAAGAAAAUAAAGUAGCAGAUGCUCUUUCCCAAAAGGAAGAUGAAGAGAAAGGCUUCUUGUUCGCUUUAUCCAGCCCAUACGCCAAUUGGUUUGAUGAGGUUAAGAUGGAGUAUGCUUGCAAUUUGGGGUUGCAACAGUUGCUGAAGCAAUUUUAUGAUG